AAUCAUCCCGGAACGUGGUUGUGUCCAGGCGAAGAUUUUCUCAGCGAGGUUUGGCUCAGUUGAUUCCCCUGCAGGUUAUAUUCUCACCCGACCAACCCUUGUCCUCAUGCUGGAAAGGGGGGAAGAGCCCUGUGUGAGCAAUAGCAAGAACGGAGUGGGGAACAACCCGCUGAGUAGCAGUGUCACAGAUUCUCAAGCCUUGAAAGAGAACACCAAGACUCCUUCGCCCUCGGCUCUGUCUUCCCCACCCGCCACGGAGACUCCCAAGCCACCCCGUCCCCGGCGCCGGCGCCCUCCCGCCGUCCUGCCUUCCGAUCGUCCCUAUCAAUGCAAAGACUGUGGCAAGCGCUUCGUGUAUCGCUCCAAACUGGCUACCCACCAGUGGACCCAUUGCGCCGAGCGGCCCUAUAAAUGCCCCGACUGUCCCAAGAGUUUUAGUUACCCAUCCAAGUUGGCUGCCCACCGACGUACGCACACUGGGGAACGCCCCUUCCCCUGCUCCUUGUGCCCCAAGCGCUUCGGGCACCGCUCCAAGCUGGCCGCCCACCAGUGGAUCCACACGCCGGAGCGCCCGUACAAAUGUGCCGAUUGCCCCAAGAGCUUCUGCUACCCUUCCAAGCUGGCCGCCCACCGCCGUACGCACACGGGCCAGCGGCCGUACCCCUGCAGCCGCUGCGGGAAGAGCUUUUGCUACCCUUCCAAACUGGCUGCUCAUCAGCAGAUCCACGCGGCCACCGCCGCGGGGAGGCCUUACCCAUGCAUGCGCUGCAGCAAGAGUUUCCGGCAGCUGCGCAACCUCACCCUUCACCAGCGGGUGCACGAGGAUGGAGAAGCAGGCGAUGGCUUAACCCAGGACAAAAGCCACAGCAGUGGAGACAGGCCUUAAGCUGGAACCGCUGGGCUGUGCGAGGGCGCAGGAAGAAACUUGGAAUAAUUUGAAAACUUGGCAGCUGCGGGGAUGGUUGUAAAUAAUGGAAAGUUAUGGCGGAGGUCAGGGUUGCACCGUAACCUCCAGCAACCCGUAACUUCUCUGUUCUCAUCUUUGAUGGCAAAAUGCCACAUAACAGGCUCCCUUUCAGAGGCCGAGUUGUUCGCACCGUGCUGAAGACUGCUCUGGUAACCUUGUUUCUGCCAUUCUACAACCUUGUUUAAGUUAUGCAGACUUCUGCACCUUUGUGAUUUGUUUUGCUUCAGUUUUAACUUUCCAGUUCUCGCCAAACACAAUCCCGAUCACCCCUAUAGUCGACAUCAUUUGCGUGGCAACGAAACGAAAACCUCCGUUGAGAUUCCCCCACUAAUCACAUUUCAAGAAGUGCACCGAUCCUCACUGUCAGCAGAGCAGAAUCUGUUUUAUGUGUUUCGCACACAAGGAGGCACCUCUGUCUGUGCCCUGUAUAGUUUUGUUUUAUGCUCAAUUGGUGCAUGCUUGUGUCAGAAUGUGGAACUCCGCAUACCUGUAAUCCAAGGGUCUAUAAAAUUUAUAUCUUCACUGUGCAUUAUACAGAGGGGCUCUGUUGCAGCCUCCUUGAGCAGUCAACCUUUGGCCAUGGAAAUUGGAGGUUUAAUAUGCAUGAACUGAGCGCAUCGUAUUGGAUAUGAGCUGCGUCAACUUUUAAGAAGAAAAUCUCUUGAUUAUUUUUUUUUUUUUUUACAAAACGAAAGCUGUGUCUGACAACGUGGCGAUUGGUGGAAAUCCACCAGUGGGAUGGCUUAAAAGACACAAAUUCCAGGAAAGAGAAGGCAACAUUUAUGUUUUAAAGGGUUGUAGAAGCAGAAAAAUUAUUUGACAAAUUCACAUCACCCUCCAGGUUUACACAUGGCAUCAAAAGAUGCCUCAGGGCACUUCAGGAUUAAUGUGGGUAGUGCAUUAAGGGUGAAGCAAGUGCAUCAGUAGCACACAUAGAAAGCAGAUUUUACACAUGAAUUUCUCAAGCUAAAAAAAGGCUGUAUAAUUUUAUUUUCACCAUGUAGUACACACAAUUUUGUAGCCUGCUUCCUUGUUUACUCCUGUGUGUUUGGUUUAUUUGUACCACAUGCCUAAAGACACCAAAAGUUUCCAUGUUGCCCUCAUUAUUGAAAUAUUAAGUUCCCUCUCGGAUUUUUCUCUCCAUCUGUUUCUCCUCCGUGCUCUUCUAGUCCGCUUUUCACUACUCUCCACAAUUAAUACACUUUUUUUUUUCUCACUAGCUAGUAAAACCUAAUACAGGUAGUCCUCGACUUACGAACACCAUUG